GGCCGCUAGGGGGCGGUGGACGACUCAAGGAGCCGAGUGCGCAGUCGCGGAAGGGGUGCGCGGGAGGGGGGCCUCCAUUCCGCGCCGGGCCGCUAGGGGGCGUCGCCGAGCGCGCAGGGGGCGGCAGGGGUGCGCGUGGCCGCCCCGCAUCCCGCGCCGGGCCGCUAGGGGGCGGGCCGAGCCGGCGGACAUGGCCCCGGAGCCCGCCAGCCCCCCGCAGGUGGUCCGCGCCGCCCAGAAGGAUGACUAUUACCGGGCCGAGCUGCGCAGCGCCGCGGGCAGCGCCCUGCACAGCCUGCUGGGUGCCAAGAAGUGGCUGGAGUGGAGGAAAGAGGUCGAGUUGCUCACAGACCUAGCCUACUUCAGUCUCACCACGUUGUCAGGCUCCCAGACCCUGGGGGAAGAGUACGUGAACAUCGUCCAGGUGGACCCGUCGGCCCGGAGAGUCCCUUCGUGGUUGCGCCGGGCGGCCCUGGUCUCCUUGCACACGAUCGCGCCGUACCUCCUGGACAAGGCUCUGCUGCACCUGGAGCACGAGCUCCAGGUGGAAGGCGAGAGCCGCCGGCCCAGCCAAGGCGGGGCCGUGCCGGGCGGCCGAAGCCGGUCCCUGGCGCGGGCGUGGGUCCGACGCUGGGUCGGCCCCUUGACCGAGCAGCAGAAAAAGACCCUCCUGUGGAUCGUCCCUCUCCUGAGGCAGAGCCUGGCGGCCCUCCGGCGGCUGCACGUCGCCGUCUUCUACAUCCACGGCGUCUUCUACCACCUGGCCAAACGCUUCACCGGAGUCACUUACGGGUCAGGCCGCCAGUCGGCGUGGUCCCCCCAGCUGACCGCUGCCCCGCCGGUGGCCGACCUGACCCCUCCAGCUCCAGGUCCGCCGCUUGCCGGGAGACGACAGAAACAUCCGGACCAGUUACAAGCUCCUGGGGGUGGUCAGCCUGCUGCACCUCCUGCUCUCGGUCGGGGCGCAAGUCUACGGCUUCCGGCAGAGGCGGCAGGCCAGGAAGGAGUGGAAGCUGCACCGCAGCCUCUCCUGCCGCAGGAGUUCCGUGGAGGAGAAGGGCGCUUCCCGGAGCUCGCUCUGCACCCUGUGCCUGGAGGAGCGCAGACACGCGACGGCCACCCCCUGCGGCCACCUGUUCUGCUGGGAGUGCAUCACCGAGUGGUGCCACACCAAAGCGGAGUGUCCUCUCUGCAGAGAAAAAUUUCUCCCACAGAAACUGAUUUACCUGCGCCAUUACCGAUAGGAUCAACCACUGCCCCCCGUCCCUCCAUCCCACCCCACCCCAAAUAGGGGGAAGGACUCAAGAGAAAAGGAUGGAGACUCUUGGAUCAUGACUUUAUUCAUGGACCAGCAACACACAGUUCAUUUCAGUUCAUGCACAGUCUUUACUCAAGGUCAAGUUAUAAAAAAUAAAUAAUCAAAUAAGC